AUGAACCACAACGGUGUGGCUGAGGGGGAAGACGGCAGCGCCGGUGCCGACACCGCCGCUGCCGUGCCUGUGAACGACACGCUGCUGUACCACCAGACUUUGAUUCCCACGCAGAAGGUUACCCACGCCAUCGAGGGCUCCUUCACCCUGCCAGACGCGAAUGAUCUCGUUCUGAUCCGCCACAAUGUGCUCGAGCUCUGGCGACUCUACGCAGAGGACGCCAACGGCGGUGUGGAGUGUGUUUGCCGCACCCCUUUGAUGUCGGCCGUGUACACUGCAGUGGCAGUGCCGACGAGCGCCUCCUCGAUGGCGAAGGCCAGUGGCGCGAACAGUGCCACGACGCUGGGGAACAGUACUGCCGGCGUACUCGACGACACGACUACCACGGCGCACCGCAGCGGCUUACACUACCUCGCCCUGACGAGUGAGACUGGCUACGUGACGCUGCUGCGGUACCAGCUGGAUGAGCCUCCAGUGCCAACACGCCUGUUCUAUGGCGACGACAGCGAAGAUGGCAACGAAGACAAUGGUGGGAAUGGUGGCGCUAGUGGCGGUGCCACGAUGCUCGUGACCACGUCCUUGAAGGGCCGCUUCAUCAAGGUGAGCGAGGUGUGCCUUGGCCGGAGCGGGGCGCGGCUGACCGUCCCUGGCGCCCGCAUGGCAGUCGACCCAGCCGGGACGGCGCUCCUAGUCACUGCGCUCAUGCGCACCAAGACGCUGGUGCCCAUCACCGCGAAUGAAACCUGGGACCCAGUCAAGGGCGUUAACGCCGGGCAAGACGACGACGACGACGACGCAGACAGCGAUGCUGACGGCGAUGACGAAGAGGAGGACAAUGACGACGAUGUCGGUGUGCACCAGCGCCGCGGCCCGGUGACGGGUCGUGAGCUUCGGGCCGCCCGGCGCCGGCGGGUGGCCAAAGCGCGACGGGCCAACGGCGCCAUCAGCCUCGGCACGCCGAUUGAGGUGCAGCGCCAGACUGUCCUGUACUCUGCCUGCGCCCUCGACGGCUACCUCGAUCACGCUGUGUUUGCCGUACUUGAGGAAGAGAUCGUCGAGGCACGUGACGGCACUGCCACUGCCGCAGGCGAGGCGGGUGGUGGCACAUUCCUCAAGAGCAUCGGUCAAGGCCUAGAGGGGGUUGUUCAGCACCGCAAGCACUUUGUGCUCUACGCCUACGUGCCGAGCCUGAAGCAGGUGCAGCGGACACAACUCGUGCACGUUCCAGCGACGGCGCACCGGCUCAUCGCCGUCCCUGCCGCCCCGUACGGACCAGGCGGUGUUCUUGUCUGCACGGACACGGAGCUAAUCUGGUACGAUGUGUCCGCCUCACAGCAGCAGCAGAGCUCGGCAGCGGCGGCGAAUGGCCGCGUCGGCGUCUUCAAGUGCACAUACGCCUUUCCGCGCCGCCUUGACUGCACGGAGAUCCUGUACGACCCCUCUAUCAUCCAACACACGCUGACCUGCUUCGGUCGCCGCUUCUUCAUGUUGCUGCAAGAUGAGCAGGGCGAUGUGUACCGCGUCUUCUUGGAGGCUGGCGACGUACAGCGCGCCUACGAGGCCCUUAGGACGCGCGAGUUGGCCCAGGCAAACCCAGAGCUCUUCCUGCAGCAGCAGCUAGCGGCUAACGGCGGUGCUGCGCCAGCCGCGGCGCUGCCGCCCGUGCCGAACCCGCUGUCGGUGCACUACUUCGACACGCUGCCGCCAUCGUCGGCCAUGGCGCUCUUCCGACGCGGUUUUCUCUUCAUUGGCAACGAGGCAGGCCCGCUGCAUGGGCUGUACAAGAUCAAGAGCAACGGCUACACGGCAGAUCGCGACUACAUCGUGAAGCGCGUGCGGCGGGAGCGGGCACUAGCGAUGGCGCCGUCGAUGGCGUCGUCGCGUAAGGCGGAGAAGGUGAAGGCAGAGGGGGCGGACAGCGCCACGCAGAAGGAAGGCGACAGCGGCGAUCGCAAGCGCCCGCGCGCUGCGGAAGCGGCCGGUGCUGCCGUCAAGUCGGAGCCACAGGACGACCCGACGGCGCCGGCAACAAGCCGCGACAGCGCCGCGUCGGCCACGCUUCCACGCGUCAAGGAGGAGCAGGCCGAUGAUGACGGAGAUAAGCAGGCGUCGGCUGCAGCUGGCGCCGUCGCCAUGCGACCACCAGCCCCCUCCACAGCCGCUGCGCCGUCUUUCAAAACUCCGACGGAGGUGCGCGUUAUCAAGGUCUACCAGCCACACCGUCGUCCUCAGCAUGUCGUGCAGCUACAGACCCUUCCGAACACUCCAACCAUCACCAGCUUCACCUCCCAUCUCACCUCCUCCACCUCGGCUGCAGCUACGGCAUCGAACGGUGCUGACCACCCAAGCAACUUUGGUGGCGGGCCGUCGCCGGCACCGGUGACGGAGCAAUCAAGUGAGCAGCCGGAGAUCUACUUCAGCUACGUCGGCGGACGUGGUGGCGAGAGCGUGCUCGUGCAGGCCCGUUACGGCUACGCCGCGAAGCUAGAAGGUCGCCAGCUUCUCCCAACCGUCUUCAGCUCUGUCAUCCCGCUUCCCUCUGCGCUCUCGAUGCAGUCCAUGGCACGCCAGCAGCAGGCUGCCAUCGAAGCAGCCGCGGCUGCAGCCGUGAAGCGAAGGGCGGACGAGAAGACGCUAAGGGGCACCGGCGGUGCGGCGCGCCAGCAUGCGCAGCGCUUGAAGGCACUUCGGCAGCUCGCUGCAACCGUCAGCGGCGCACGCGACCAGGUGUGCACCGACCGUGUGCUGCUGUGCACGCGCCAGGGCACGACGGUGUACCGCAUCGGCAGUACGGUCGAGCAGGACACUGCCUCGUCUUUCAUUACUGCGGAGCGGACGCUUGCCGCGACGACUCUGCAGUAUGGCUGCGGCUAUGUGCAGGUCACUCCGCGCGGGAUAAGUGUGCUGAGCUGCAGUGACACCGCCGCAGGUGGCAGAAGAGUGCACGACACCGGCGAUACUGUGGGGGCAGUAACCGUCGUGCCAGCUAGCUGGACGCAUCCGCAUGGCAACACCGUCCUCGCUGCCGCAGUGACCCCGACGACGGUACUGCUCUCGUUUCAUCAACGCGGCGGCAUCGCCAGCUUUGACUUUGGCCUGGCAGGCACGGAGCUGCAGCAGCGCGACGUUCUUCCCACCUUCCCACUGGCCCCUGUUGUGGCCCUGCUGCAGCCGCCGGCGAGCACCGUGUCGACAGCUCUCCAGCGCGAACUGCAGGCGCUCUUGUGGAACCCUAGUGCCGCGUCGCCGAGCUCGGCAGCGGCGGCAGCGGCAGCCUCGGCAGCAACGGCAGCGGCAGCGGCGCUGACGGAGCAACUCGCGGCCAUCGCGACGGUGAACCAGGAAGUGUACCUCGUACACCCCCGCAAGCUGCGAGAGCCCCUGGAGAAGAUCACGUGUCGACGCAGCGGCAGCGUGGACGCCGGCUCGCAAUCGGCUGCAGAGGUGACUAUCACCUCUCUCCUCUUGACGUACCUGGGCGACACUCGAGGCGGCAGUGACGCAGCGGCGGCACUUAUCGGUGGCGCGGGCCCGCGCAGCGGCAGAGGCGCCAGCCGCGCGCGUGGUGGGGUGGCCGCCGCGGCAGGGCGACGCCAGUUAUUCCUGUUUGUUGGUCAUAGCGACGGCGUAGUGACGCGGUGUGAACUGAACCCGUCGUCCGCCAAAGUGACGGCAACGGCGGAGUUGUGGUGUGGCUCCCGCCCGUGCCAGCUUGUCGCGGGCGACGGCGAGACUUUCUGCUACGUCGUCUCGGGCGAGCGCACGUGGCGGUGCGAGGUGCAGGAUAGGACGGUCAGAAUGGCGCCGUACAGCUUUCCAACGCGGCCGACCUCGUUUGCGCGGUUUGUGCUCCCGUCGCGGGUCAGCUCCGCCGCCGCGAACGGCAGCGACUCGGCAACCCCGGGCGCGCAGGGCAGCACAAACGAGCAGGACGAGGACCCCCUUGCCGUAGUCGAGUCCAUCACCCUCGUUCCACGCGAGAAGCAGCAGGAAGUGGUCAUCGCCGUGCAGAACCGCGAGUUGGCUCUCUACGUGUCGAAUACCGGCGCCGGUGGUGGCGGCGGUGGCCCGGGCUCGGGAGGCGUUGAGUAUAGCUUUCAGCACCACCCACUGCCGCUGGCAGGUCGCCGGCUCCUGCAGCACCCAACACGCCCAGCCUAUCUCAUUCUCUGCGGUGUCGAGCACCGCAGCCACGGCCGGCAGGAGGUAGAGCGGCACCGCGCUGAGGAUCGUGCCUUCCUCACAGCUCGAAUGGCGGACAUCGCACAGGCCGAGGACCGUGGCGCACACUACGGCGAGGGUCUGUACGGCGGCAUCCCGUACACGGCGCCGCAGCGUUCCCUUGGACGCCCCAACGCGUACCACAGCACGCUGCAGCUCUACCACCGCGAUGCCCAGCGCCUGCUGCCGCCCAUCCACUUUGAGCCAAACGAAGCGAUCACCUCUGUCGCGGUGGGCAGUUUCUUCAAGGAGUUUGGUCGCGAACCGGUCGUCAUUAUUGGCACGGCAUCCUCUUACACACACGGAGCUGGCUGCGGCACCGCCGCGUCGUGGCGGCAUGGCUUCCUGCGCACAUUUCGGUGUGCCAGCGGCAGCGGCAGUGUGGGUGGUGGUAGUGGUGGCGCUGAUGCGUUGCUGAGACUGGAGCUGCUACACAGCACAUACCUGCGCCCGGAUGACAGUGGCAGUACUGUCAGCGGCAAGGAUCGUCUCGCCGGCGCCAAGAGUAGUGGUGUCGCCGCCGCCGGCGGAGGCAACAGCAUAGACACGGCUGCGAAGCCGGACUACCCCUCCGCGUUGUGCAUCUGCGAGCCGGUAGGCAUUCUGUUCGUUGGCAUGGGCGCCGCACAGGGGCUGCGAAUCUACUCGUGGGGAAAGGAGCACCUCCUUCGCCGCCGCCACCUCGCGAACACGCCAGGUCAGCGCAUCACCGCCAUCGACUUUGUUUUCGCGUCGCCGCCGGGCAGCCGGAACGUGAACGCGCGCAACGUGUCCUUCUUCGCUGCCGACCUCUACCAGUGCCCGUACGGAGACGCCGAGGGUAUGCGGAUGGUGCGGGAAAAGCAGCUGCUUAUUGUCUGCGGCACCGUGAACGCCUCCGUGUUCAUUGCCGCGCUGCAGCCCGGGACUCCCGCCCCCGCAGCUGCACAUGGCCCAGCGGGAGCAACGACAGCCUCCACACCGUCGUUCCUGCUGCAGAUCAUUACAGACAGCGUACCGCGGCAUAUCACGAGCGUUGUUGUUGUGGACGAGCGCACCGUCGCCGCGUCAGACCGCUUUGGCACGGUGGUGUUCUUGCGCAUCCCGGAAAGCACACGCACAAAAUUUGCCCAACCCGUCCAUCAGUUGCAGGAGGCCGAGCUCAUCGCUGAGGAGACCUACCUGCGCACGCAGCAGACUUUCCGUGAGGUAGCGCGACACCACGUCGGCGAGCUCGUGACGGCACUGCAUGUACAGCCUCAAGACCUCUCGCAGGGCACCGACACGGCUCUUGCGACGAAGAUUGUGUACUACAGCACCGCACUCGGCAGCCUCGGCGCGUACGUGCCACUGCUCUCGGAAGAGGACGGCGCUCUGGCGGCCUACCUGCAGCCGCUCUUGCACUCGCACAUCCGCCCGCUGCUCGGCCCGCCCACCGCCUUGCCUCGGGCGUCACACCUGUCGCACCACGUGGUGGACGGCGACAUCGCGCAGCUACUGCGCGGCGGCGCCACCACGCCAUUCUCGACAGCCGCCAAGGAAGACAUUGCCGACGCCCUGGAGCGGCAAGUGAAGGUGGAAGCGGCGCGUCGCAACGUAUUGGGGCUACCGAAGCGCACUCUGCCUUCUCUCCCGGAGCUCAUUGCAAAGCAGCGCGCGCUACUCAGCCUACCGCUAUAA